AUGUCGGACCGACCCGGUCGAAAGAAACAGUUGUUCCGGUUGUGGUUUCCAGCUUGGAGAAGCCCAUCUCAAGCUUCAAAGCAACCAAAACCUCCUUCAAUUACUCCCCAAUUGCCACCAACUUCUUCUCUAUCCUCACCCCAAAUCGAUGAAGAUCAAACCCAAUUGCAAUCAACAUUGCCAUCUCCAUCAAGCGGGUUAGCAAAGGUUCCCUCCUCCACAAGCUCGGAAAGAAGAGAAUUGCUUCCACAAGCUGAACUACCAAGCGCUAAAGAUGAUUCAGAUGAACUUGCUAAUGAAUUGGGUAAGCCUGAGACUCAGUUCACAUUAGCAUCGUUGCCACAUGAAGAGAGAACCAAAACAGAAUUUGAGUCAAAACAACUUACAGAAACUGAAACUAGUAGAAUCGAACCCACCAUAGAUCAGUUAAGUGAGGAAAUUAAUAGGCAGGAAAUAGAUAUGGAUCCUCAGAAAGAUCUUGAAUCUCAGUUCGAAAAGAUCCAAGAAGAAAAACCUGAAGUAGAUUUAGAAGCUAAACAACUUCAGCAGGACAAGAGUCCGAUAAAAAUUUCUGAACCUAAAGAAAUAACAAAAGAAAUUCAUUCCGAAGGAGUUGAAAAACCUGAGGAAGUCAGUGAAGAGCCAAAGAAGGUAAGCAAGCCCAAGCUCUUAAUCAAAGUAUCUGAUUUGAAGUCACAAGGUAGAAUGAUAGAAGAAGAAAAACCAGAAGAAUCAAUAAAUGGUGCCUUGAUAGAAACAAAAAGAGGAAAUUCCACCAUGAAAGAAAAGAAGAUUACCAUUUCCACUAUGCCAAAUUCUUCUUCCCAUACUAUAGGACAAACGCAGAAAGAGCUGAAAGAUGGACUUUCUAGAAUGAUUCAAAAGUUGAGCAUUGGACACCAAAAUAAGUUAGGAAAUGAACAAGGUGUGAAUAUUAUAACAUUAGCAAGUGAAAACCAGGGGGCAAGUAUGUUCAUUGGCUAUGAAGUUCAGCCGGGGAAAAAGGUAGGGAGGAGUAAUGAAACGAGGGAAGAAAAUUACCAUAAUGUAAAAGGAAACCAAUCAAUCGUUGCUAGUAUUAACAGUAAUGUGCAAGGCAUUAAUAGUUCAAUCCUGGAUGAAACAAACUAUAGUGAGAAAAACCCCGGUGUUCAUAUGACUAUCUCCACCAAACCAAUUACACCUGUGAGCUUUACAGCGAAAACUGAAUCUCAAAAGGCUAUUUCCAGUAUUACCUCACCACAGAAGCUAACUUAUGAGCCCAAUAUCAGAAGGCGAUGCCUCAGAGGUCUCUUUCUUGAGUCAAGUGAAGACGAUGUGAAGAAUCCACAAAAGCCACGCCGUCAUGGUUGCCGGUUCUCCUGUGAUGAUAAAAGGAAAGGUAAGAUAGAAGACAUUGGACCUUCAAGGAAGACAUAAGUUGGCUAAUUUAGCAUAUUUAAAUGUCCUAGCUCACUGGU